AUGAGCUCGACAAACAACAACGCCAUGUUCGCACCAGACACGGGUGUUCCAGCGCACUCUCCGCCACCGCUUCACCUCGAGGCAGUGAGUCGCACUGCCAGCAACACGGCGAUGGCGCCAGACACGCGCACCUCAAGCAACUCCCACGCGCGCGACAAAGUCAUUUCAAUAACGGAACUCCUCGUGAAAAUCCUCAGUCACCUGCAUCACAAAGACCUUGCUCGAGCCGAGCGAGUUUGCAAACACUUCAAAGCUCUGAUUGAAGACAGCGUCAAGUUGCAGCAACGGCUCUUCAAUGUGCAUGUUCCCUGGUCUGGCCCAGCACCACUCCCCGUCCACCCCGACCUCAACUAUGGGGGUGAUGGAACGCCAACAGUCCAUCCCGCCGAACACGACCACCCCAUCGUGGAGCUCAACACACUGACAGCAGUCGGCAAGUGGUUCAAGGAGUCCAGCUGGGGCGGCUGGCAUCACCUCGACCUGCAUUUCCCAGCUGAAGCCAUCUCUGCCAAAGUCUCCAGCAUGGCACUCACGAACCCCACGAUUCCCAACAUGCAGGUGAGCUGCUACGUAGACUACACCAUGGGUGCCAGCCCAGACCAAGAAUGGUUUGAUUCCCACGGGCCCUCCUCCUACACCGGACACUACGAGACACUCAACAUCGACCCGGAGACUUUCACGCUGGGCGACAUCGCGGCUGCUGAGGCCAGGCUUCUUGACAGAAUGAGGGCGGAGUACGAUGCCCGUGCAAUAAUGAGCCCCGUCGACGGACUUAACAUGGAGCUUGACUACGAUGAGCCGUGUCCUUAUAACGCGAUUCAGUACAAUUGGACGCUGUUCUUGCCAGCAUCUCUUGAUGUCCAAGUGGGCGGCGAGCCGGUGAGAAGUUAUGCCUCUAAGUUGAGGAGCCCGGCGACGACAUGGGUGUGA